AUGGUCAUUUUAGGAGGUCUCGAGCUGGUGGCAGCUGGGUAUAUCCUCAAGGAGAUGCACAACGAUGGUAAAGAGGAAGAAAGAGAGCGUGAGAAACGAAGAAGACGCCGGCGCCAUUCUCGUGAAGAUCAUCACCGACCCCAUCACCACGAUGACCCGAGUCCGAACCGUCCGUCGCGCCCACCCCAGCAACAACAACUCCGCCCACCCCAGCAGCCUGGCGGUCCGCCGCGACCAUACAGCGCACCACCUCCGCAGAAUCGACCACCGAUGAUGCCCAUGGCAGCCGCAAGUGUGCCAAUGUGGCACCCUCAACAGCAACAAGGACCGCCGCCUCAACAAGGACCCCCACAGAGUCAUGGCACAUGGCCGCAGGGACCACCAUCGCAACAGCAGCGACCUUCUCAGCCUCAAUCUCAGUGGCCAGGCAGCCCUCCUCCUCCAAACAAUGCAAAUAGCAACUUCGUCCCUCCGCCCCUCCAGCGUCCCGCCACGAUGUAUCCCCCACCAGGGGUGCACAUCGACCUGAAGACAGGCAAGAUUCAGCAUGAUAUGUAUCCGCCGGAGAUGCCUCGACCGGGAGAAGCAAGAGAGUACUACGAAGGAGGUCGUAAAGAAUACGACCGUAUGCGAGAGAACUCGAUGCCUACGCAGCAACGGCCGCAACAUUACCAGCCCAUCAGCGGAGACCACGGUCUUCAGCACAGUUACUCACAGCCUCAGAUUAACGUCACACCGGCACAUAAUCCUACACCUCCACCUCCACAAGGGUAUGCAGAACUCGAUGCGGAGACACCCGGCAGGUUCCGCCCCUCAAGUAACGAAAAGUCUGGCAGAGGGAAGUCGAGUUCUUUUUCAGCACGGUAUAGAGAUGAUGACGUGGACAUGCGAGAUCCGCCACCUGCCUACCGCGAGUGA